UCAUUGAAUACGCCGGCAAAUUUAGUCUUACGUGAUCAACGUGAGUGCCGGUGCGUGUGCCGCAAAGACUCUCGUUUCUGAAGCCACAUCAGGCUUCGUAAGGGUGACUUUCGCUGGAAAACAACUCGUUCGAAGGGUAGGAAGCAGACUACUCUUUCGAUCCUUUUGUGCAAGCGGUGAUCCGGCGAGUCACGUGGACGGAAAGGCUCUAAUAGAGGAGCCAAACCAAAGCUCCGCUACAGUGCAAACGUGCGUUUCAUUCGGCUUGUUCGCCGCCGCCGCGCACCGGGUGGACAAUCACUGUCAGUGGAGUUUCGCACAGCUGUUUGUCAGCUAGGCUGACGAGCGCAUCACGAAUUAUAUCUCUGUGUGUGUGUUUGUGUUUGCUCACCGCUGUUGAUCACAUCAUCUGGAGCACAGUGACCAAGCUGAAUAGGUUUUGCUGCAGAAGUAGGCCGGAAGGAAGAAUAGAGUGCGAUCGCGUUAACGACUUUUGGCAGAGCACAAGCGAGUGAUAGAGCGACGCAGAUCCAAUAAGCAGGCUGAACAAUCCUUGCAGAUCUUGGGGUGCGAGCAACAGCGCAUCCAGCAGCAGCAGCAGCAGAGUGAGUGCGUAAUGAGACGUCGCCCGUCUGGCUGCUGCUGAGCUCUCGUCGAGGUGCAACUGCCUUUUCAUGGACUAGAACGUGCUUUCUUGAAUUAAGAAACAUGGACACUUGGCGUGCCGGGGUCUCGAAGAAGGGCCACUUCAGCCCGCAGAUCCUGAUUUCUCGCCCUUUGGGCCGCCGCCGAUGGCUGACCAAAGUCUUCAAGGCCAUCCUGGUCGUGGUGCUCUUGGUGACCAUCUGCAUCAACGUCAUGUUCAUCAUGGACACGGCCGGAAGACUGAAGGAAGAAGCUCUCAUGGCAGGUGCCAGCGGCAGCGACGCGGUGGACGCUGACAGCAGACGAAACAGCUUCCGUCUGCAGGAAAGCCAACCGAAGGCGCUGGCCAUUGAAGUUCUUUCGAGCCAAUCCAAAGUUUCUGUCAGCGUCGACGGAGCCACGAUUUUGGAAGAUGGCGAGGAGCACAAGGGUCGCGGAAUCCACGUGUUGAUUUUAAACCAAGCGACGGGCAGCGUGAUGGCGCAACGCACCUUCGACACGUACUCGCCGCACGAGGACGAAGCCAUGGCCCUCUUCCUCAACAUGGUCUCUGACGGCAGGAUCAUCAUUUUUGCCAUCAAGGGUUCCAAAAAGCUUCCGAUUAGAAGAAGCAAGGUUCUGCACAAAAAGGAUGAGGGCACGUUCCAAAUGAAACAGCCGGCGCGCGAUCUGCUGAAGCGGCUGGGCUCGCGCAGGUCGCAGGCGAUCGGCUGGCGCGACAUGUGGGCCAUGGUGGCCAAGAAGGGCGGCAAAAUGCUCGGCGAGUCGUACAGCAAGAGCACCGAGUUCAACACGUGGGGCGCGCCGGUGGUGCUUCGCGUCGAGGUGCCGCUCGUGCCGGUCGAGGAGAGCGAAUGCGACUGGCCAGACACGGACGAGAACCGCCGCCGUAGACACUUCUGCAGCCACAUCGAGGGCUACGGCUCCGUCUGCAGCUGCGCCGACCCCGCACCGCUCAUUUUCAACCCAGCCCGCCUGCCCAACAGCCAGGUACAGACUGAUGUUUUUCCGGUGAACGACGUUCCCGUGGCAAUAAUUGCCAGCAACCGUCCUCACUACUUGUACAGGAUGCUGCGCAGCUUGCUGUCGGCGCACGGAGCCAAUCCAGACAUGAUCACCGUCUUCAUCGACGGCUACUUUGAAGAGCCACUUGAGGUGACGAAGCUGUUCGGCCUACGAGGCAUUCAGCACACUCCGAUCGGCAUCAAGAACGCCCGCAUCUCACAACACUACAAAGCCUCUCUCACGGCCACCUUCAACAUCUUCCCUGACACCCAGUACGCCAUAAUCGUCGAGGAGGACCUUGACGUCUCACCUGAUUUCUUCAGUUACUUUAGCCAAACGAAACGAUUGCUAGAGGAGGACGAAAGUAUCUACUGUAUCUCAGCGUGGAACGACCAAGGCUACGAGCACACCAGCGAAGACCCGAGCCAGCUUUACAGGGUGGAGACCAUGCCUGGUCUUGGUUGGAUCCUCCGCAGGUCUCUUUACAAGGAGGAGUUGGAGCCUAAAUGGCCAACUCCCGAAAAGAUGUGGGACUGGGACAUGUGGAUGCGCUUGCCUGAAGUGCGGAAAGGCAGAGAGUGUGUUGUGCCCGACGUGUCGAGAACUUACCACUUUGGCGCAUCUGGCCUCAACAUGAACUCUUACUUCCAAGACGUGUACUUCAAGAAGCACUCGCUGAACACGAUUCCCUACGUCGAGAUGCGAGGAAUAGACAGCAUGAAGAAGGAAAAUUACGAGGAACUCGUUGUCAGUCUCAUUAAGAAAGCGACUGUUUUGGACCACAGCAAGUCGCCUUGCGAGGAAAGCUUCAUCCCGGAGAAAAAAGGAAGCACCUUUGUGAUGUAUAUCAAAAUGGAAGAGCCAAAGGACUUUGGUACCUGGAAGCAAGUGGCUAAGUGCUUCAAAAUCUGGGACUUGGACGCCAGAGGCUACCACAACAGCAUGUGGCGCAUGCACAUGAAGGGAAGCGAGCUGCUAGUCAUUGGAGUUCCUAACUCUGAUUAUUCAAAAUUCAAACCUUCCAACGUGACACCGAUCUACUUGGAGCGUCCAAAGGAGAAAAUCAAAAGCAUCAUCAGAUAGCAAGAGAUGUAGGCUGGCGCGACUGGUGCCUCUGAAUUUUGAAAAUAAUGCUUCUCUGUGAUCUCCACGAGCUAGCACCCACACCGAGAACUCCUACAUUCGACUGACAAAACAGCCGGCGCAGAGGACAAGACUGGCCGCGAUUCAAGAUAUAAUAUUCAGCCGGUUGAUUGUAUUGUGAGCUGCAUGCGAUGUAAAGAAUUUAGUCGUCGUAUAGAAAGAAGAAUCAAGUGUGCUGGACGCGAAUUGAAAGAAGAAAAAAAAAUAAAAAAUAAGAAUUUAACAUUCGACUCGCUGCCGAGUGCCUGCAUGAGCUUAACCUUCAGCAGAUUUCAGUGUUGCUCAUUGUGAAUAAAUGUUUCUUUAUAGCUGCAGUGAUUAGAGAGCGAGUGGGAAUGCAAAAGUCGACAAUAAUUGAUUUCGGCGCAAGGACUGAGAGUUGGAAAAAGUGAACUCUGUGCUGCAUAUCAGUGUUGUUUCGUGCGGAAGCCACCGAGCCUAAAUUUGCUACAAUGCUCCUUGGCUCCAAAGUGAUCAAUUAAUUGGUAGAUAUGAAAAUUUUAUCUCGAACAUUCUUGAAUUGCAUUUAAUUAAUUUGAAGUAAAUGUGAAAUGUUAACAACAAAAAAGAAAAGAAAAAAAUUACUGACUGUUGAAAACGCUGAAGAGGUUUUGUAAUGUUGAUUUGGAAACUGUGAUCUAGCCUGAAUCAAUUAUCGCUGCGAACACUAAAAAUUGUAGAUUUUCUAAACGCGAAAGUGAAAAGGGUUAAAAUGCGUAAUUUUUAAGUGUACUAAAACCAAAUAAUGUUCACUGUUGACUAAUUUGACGGGACGCCUGACGCACCAGGCUCGAUCUGAAAAAUGGUUUGUAGCCUGAAUGGCCAGUUGUUGUCAACAACACAUGGAAAAAUAAAAUCAAAAUUCUCUUGA